AUGAAUAUCCAAGAGCAGGGUUUCCCCUUGGACCUUGGAGCAAGUUUCACCGAAGAUGCCCCCCGACCCCCAGUGCCUGGUGAGGAGGGUGAACUGGUGUCCACAGACCCCAGGCCCGUCAGCCACAGCUUCUGCUCUGGGAAAGGCGCUGGGAUUAAAGGGGAGACUUCCACAGCCACUCCGAGGCGCUCGGACCUGGACCUGGGGUACGAGCCCGAGGGCAGUGCGUCUCCCACCCCUCCGUACUUGAAGUGGGCCGAGUCGCUGCACUCCCUGCUGGACGACCAAGAUGGCAUAAACCUGUUUAGGACUUUCCUGAAACAGGAGGACUGUGCCGACCUCCUGGACUUCUGGUUUGCCUGCAGCGGCUUCAGGAAACUAGAGCCCUGUGACUCGAAUGAAGAGAAGAGGCUGAAGCUGGCCAGAGCCAUCUACCGCAAGUACAUCCUUGAUAACAACGGCAUUGUGUCCCGGCAGACCAAGCCCGCCACCAAGAGCUUCAUAAAGGACUGCAUCUCGAAGCAGCAGAUCGACCCCGCCAUGUUUGACCAGGCGCAGACGGAGGUCCAGUCCACCAUGGAGGAGAACACCUACCCCUCCUUCCUCAAGUCCGACAUUUACCUGGAGUAUACGAGGACAGGCUCGGAGAGCCCGAAGCUCUGCAGUGACCAGAGCUCCGGGUCAGGGGCAGGGAAGGGUGUCCCCGGGUACCUGCCCACGCUGAACGAAGACGAGGAAUGGAAGUGUGACCGGGAGGUGGACGAAGCUGGUGGCCGGGACCCUGCUCCGCCCGGCAGGCUCACGCAGAAGCUGCUCCUGGAGACUGCCGCCCCGAGGGCCUCCUCGAGUAGACGGUACAGCGAAGGAAGAGAGUUCAGGUGUGGAUCGUGGCGGGAGCCCGUCAACCCCUACUACGUCAACUCCGGCUAUGCCCUCGCCCCUGCCACCAGCGCCAAUGACAGCGAGCAGCAGAGCCUGUCCAGCGAUGCCGACAGCCUGUCCCUCACUGACAGCAGCGUGGAUGGAGUCCCGCCCUACAGGAGCCGCAGGCAGCACCGCCGGGAGAUGCAGGAGAGUGUCCAGGCCAACGGGCGGGUGCCUCUACCUCACAUUCCCCGCACGUACCGAAUGCCAAAGGAAGUCCGCGUGGAGCCCCAGAAGUUCGCGGCGGAGCUCAUCCACCGCCUGGAGGCCGUGCAGCGGACGCGGGAGGCUGAGGAGGAGCUGGAGGAGCGGCUGAAGCGCGUGCGCAUGGAGGAGGAAGGCGAGGACGGCGACAUGCCCUCUGGCCCCCAGGGCGCCAGCCAUAAACUGCCCUCGGCCCCGGCCUGGCACCACUUCCCCUCCCGCUACGCGGACGUGGGCUGCGCGGGGCUGCGGGACGCACAUGAGGAGAACCCCGAGAGCAUCCUGGACGAGCACGUGCAGCGAGUCAUGAGGACGCCCGGCUGCCAGUCGCCGGGGCCUGGUCACCGCUCCCCGGAUAGCACGCACGUGCCCAAAAUCGGGGUGCUGGGGGGUGCCAUGCCUGGGCACGGAAAGCAUGCGCCCAAGUUGGGGGCGAAGCUGGACCCGGCUGGCGUGCACCUCCACAGACACGGCCACCACCACGGCCACCACGGUGUGGCCCGGCCCAAGGAGCCAGCUGAGGCCGAGGCCACCCGCCGGGUCCCAAGCAGCUUCACCUGGGGCCCAGAGCUGCACGGCCACACAGCCAAGCCCCGCAGCCACGUGGAGAGCACGGGCGCCGCCCCCACUGCCAGUGACAGCCUGGCCUACGGCGGGAAGGUGGGCACAACCUCCAAGAGGAACUCCAAGAAGGCAGAGUUGGGGAAGAGCAGCAGUACAGAGGCGCCAGGCCCGUCUGAGGACGCAGAGAAGAACCAGAAGAUCAUGCAGUGGAUCAUUGAGGGCGAGAAGGAGAUCAGCCGACACCGGAAGGCGGGCCACGGGUCGUCCGGGGCUAAGAAGCAGCAGGCUCACGAGAGCUCCAGGCCCCUGUCCAUUGAGCGCCCUGGGGCCGUGCACCCCUGGGUCAGUGCCCAGCUCCGGAGCUCGGUGCAGCCUUCGCAUCUCUUCAUUCAAGACCCCACGAUGCCACCCAACCCCGCCCCCAACCCCCUGACGCAGCUGGAGGAGGCUCGCCGGCGCCUGGAGGAGGAGGAGAAGAGGGCCAGCAAGGCGCCCUCGAAGCAGAGGUAUGUGCAGGAGGUCAUCCAGCGGGGGCGCUGCUGCGUCAGGCCAGCGUGCACGCCCGUGCUGAGCGCCGUGCCGGCGGUGUCCGACCUGGAGCUCUCCGAGACAGAGACGAAAUCACAGAGGAAGGCGGGCGGUGGGAGUGCCCAGCCGUGCGACAGCAUUGUCGUGGCCUACUACUUCUGCGGAGAGCCCAUCCCCUACCGGACCCUGGUGCGGGGCCGUGCAGUCACCCUGGGCCAGUUCAAGGAGCUGCUGACCAAGAAGGGCAACUACAGGUUCUACUUCAAGAAAGUGAGCGACGAGUUCGAGUGCGGCGUGGUGUUCGAGGAAGUGCGUGAGGACACGGCUGUGCUGCCCGUCUUUGAGGAGAAGAUCAUUGGCAAGGUGGAGAAGGUGGACUGA